CGAGCCAGGCCCCCCUUGAUUGCUGAUUUUACGCUUUUUGGACCAAUUGUGGGUCUCCGGGGGCGGGGUUUUGACAGCUCAGGCCAAGCUCCGGCCGGGAGGGGGGGCCGGGGAGAAGGUGUCGGAAGCCUCAGCAGUAAGAAAACAUGUCAACAGAAUAAAAUAUUAACCAAUGACGGGCCAGCGGGCGCCGAGACCCCUCCCCCUGCCCCGGCCCCCACCUCGCAGCCCGCGCCUGAGGCUGCCUUCGCCGGGACUGGAAAGCGCGGCGGCCGACCCGACCCGCCGCCGAAAGGGCCUGAGGCGGGGGGCGCCUGGGUCCCAGGGCCCUGGGGAAGGACCCCCAGCCGCAAGCUGCCCCAAGUGCAAAGCAUUGACAGGGCCCCGAGAGGAGAGGGGGCGCCCUCCUUCUCCCGCGCUCGGCCGCCCAGCAGCUCUGGCGCGCGCCCCAGCUUGGCCUCCGACCCCGCACCCGGCCGCGGCGCGGCCCGGGCCCCUGCGCUCCGGAGGGAGGCUGCGGGUGCUGGAAAGAGAGGCCGGUGGGCGGGCGAGUCGGGAGGCGCCGGCUGCCGAGGUCCUGGACCGGAACCCAGGUGGCGGGAGCCGAGGAGCUGACACUCGUGUUUGACAGAGUGCUGUGCACCUGAAUUUACCUUGAGACCACUGGGCCACCGCAUCAAUCGAUCCCAGACAGUGCCCUCUAUCCCUGAGCGGCCACCCCAGCUCCCCUCUGACUCCUCAAAAACCGUGAAGAUUUUUUUGUUCCUCCCUCACAUUGAGAGAAGGUCCACAGUCAUUUGCCUGUCGAGCAGGUAGCAGUGUAAGAAUCAGGGAGGUCACAUGUCUUCCUCAAGGUCACCUGCUCAGGCCACAAUUUAGAUGCAUGUUCUGAUGGCCUCCUGGGUGAUGCCAUCAUGGAGGUCUGCUGGGGCUGCUGGGAGUGAGGCGGAGAGCGCCCUGGGUGUUAUCUCUAGAGGAUAGGAGGCUGGCUGCUCCCGGGCCAGUGGGCAGUACGGUCCCCCACCCUGGGGCCCAGCUCUCACUUCCAGCUGAUUACAGGCUGGGGCAGGGUCUAUAACCUCUCCAAUUAGCCAGGGGCCAGGCCCAAGGCCUCUCUGAUAACCCCAGCUCCAGUGGCAGCCGCCAUGGGGCCAGCUUAUCUGGCCUCUCUUAUCCUCCCCCUUCCCCCACAUACUCAAAGAGUCGCCCUGGCUGCGAGCAGAUGAAUAACCAGAUUGUCCUGCAAGCUCAGCCGGCAAGUCCAGCCCUACACCCACCACUUUCCCUGACUGAAGGAGGCCACAGCUGUUUUGCACCCCCUGGAGGGUGAGGGCUGAGCCAGGGAGGACUCCUGACUCGAAGAUGCCAGCCGCUUCCCUGCGUGGUUGGAGGGCGCUCCGGGCUCUCCGUCUUGGUCCCAUCCACGUGCCCUUGGGUGGGUUCAGAGAGGCCUACCCCUGCCUGCCUCAAGCUCUGGACCCUUCCACAAGGAGCCAGGCCAUGGGCAGUGUGCAAAGGCAGGCUGGUGGCAGCCCCCUCCCUCCCUGGCCCCCUUGGACGGAAACUCGGCUCAGGCUGGAGGUGGGGGUUGUGCCAGGCACCUCGAUGUCUCCAACUGAGCUGGAAGGGGAAGAGCUGCUGCUCGUCCGGCAGCCCCACCGGGCCCGGGCCUCCCUCCGUUCCCAGCAUGCCUCACUCUGGCACGUGAUUCCUCACCCCACAGGUUCCCAGGCAGGAGGGACUGGCUUCAGCCACCCUCGCUUCAGAGCUGAGUGUGACUCAGGUCCCCCUUUGCCCAGCAUGCCCAACGGGUCGGGGAGGGGCACUGGAGCUGUCCCUGCUCGGGCUGGACGGCUGGAUGGGAAGCUCUGCUUGUUUGUGAACGUAACUCUUCUGUGGCUGUCACAUUAAACGUCACUCCAAACCACACCUGGCUCAGUGGGUUUCCUUCAAUCCUCCCCGGCCCUUCCCGGGUCUCAAGGAAGGCGAGACUGGGGCUCGCAUUCGUCUCCCAUCCUGCUUGACACCCCUCUGCUCCCCCUGCUCCUGUCUCCUUCCUACCAUUGGCUUUAGGUCCAGAAUUGGGAGGAGGGAGGGGAAACCCCUCAGGGAAUUGUCAUCCAAGGUGGCAGCCAGGUUUCGUGGGAGACCCGCCUUGGCCCCACCAGCCUUCCAUCUUCUGAGUUUGAAAAAAGAGGCAAUGACAAGGUCCCUGUCCCAAACAUAAGCCCAGGGUCUUCCUCAGGCUCUCCUACCCACAGCAGCCCACCCGCGUGUGCCGAGGACCUGACUGCCACAGCUGGGGAGGGUCCGGGACUGUGGUGCCCCCAGAACUCAAUGGUGACAGGCAAGCAGGUGGGAGAAUGGAUUUAAGUCAGGCUCCACCCUGAUUCCGAGU